AUGCCCGGCAAGAUCCGAACCGCGCAGACCGUGUCCUUUGAUGUCCCUGCCGGAGACCAGCCCGGCUUACACAACCGAUGGCACCCUGACAUCCCCUCCAUUGGCACGAUAAAACGCGGUGAAACCGUAAAGAUUGAGUGUCUAGACUGGACGGGCGGUCAAAUCGGAAACAAUGACAGCGCCGACGAUGUUCGCAACGUCGACCUCACCAAAAUCCACUACCUGACUGGUCCAUUUGACAUUGAAGGCGCCGAGCCAGGCGAUCUCCUCGUCGUCAACAUCACUGACAUCCAGCCAUUUGACCACUCACCCUGGGGCUUCACCGGCAUCUUUGACCGCAAAAAUGGCGGAGGCUUCCUCGACAGACACUAUCCUCGCGCGGCAAAGGCCAUUUGGGACUUUGACGGGAUAUACUGCUCGAGUCGCCAUAUUCCGGGGGUGCGAUUCGCGGGACUUAUUCACCCCGGAAUUCUUGGCUGUGCGCCUUCUGCACAAGUUUUGGCUGAAUGGAACAGACGCGAGGCUGAACUGAUUUCCGUCUGCGCGCAGUCCAUGCCGGAUCAGAUUGUUGCCCAGCCGCCAAACGAGACGAAUGCCCAUGCGGGCAAGGCUGAGGAGAGCCUCAAGGCUAAGAUUGCCCGGGAGGGAGCCCGGACAAUUCCAGGUAGGCCGGAGCAUGGCGGCAAUGUGGACAUUAACAACAUCUCUAGAGGAUCUACGACGUAUCUUCCGGUUCAUGUGCCCGGGGCCAAGUUUUCGGUGGGCGACCUUCACUUUAGCCAAGGAGAUGGCGAAAUUUCCUUUUGUGGUGCCAUUGAAAUGGCGGGCAUCAUUACCAUCAAGUUUGACCUCAUCAAGAACGGUGUCAAGGAACGGGCAAUCCCAAGUCCGGUGUUUAAGCCGGGCGAUGUCCAGCAACUCUUUGGACCGUCUCGAUACUUGACCUUUGAGGGCUUUUCAGUAGACGAGUCGGGUAAACAGCAUUUUAUGGACGCCACGGUUGCGUAUCGGCAAGCCUGUCUCCGAGCUAUCGACUAUCUCAAGCAAUUUGGCUAUUCCGGGGAACAGGCAUACUUGUUGCUCUCGUGCGCACCAAUCAAAGGCUCCAUUGCUGGAAUUGUAGAUGUGCCCAACGCGUGUACAACUCUGGGUCUUCCGAUGGAUGUUUUUGAUUUUGACAUUUCUGUUGAGGCGGAGAGGGUGAAGAGGGAUUUGGGGGCUUGUGCUGUGUCGACAGAGUAG